GUGACAGCUUAGAAAUUCAUCGCCAAAAGAUGCCCAGCGGCUUUGCAAAAUCGCAAAGUCCACCCCUGAUUGCGGCUCCUGCAUCAUGACUUCUUCACUUGACCAUCUUUAGCAACCGCCAACCCCGGUGCUUUCAGACCUGGGGCCGUAACGCACUACUCGAUUUCCCCCCUCCUGCCACCACGAGCACAUCACCAUUCUUCUACCCGCGCAUUGGCUCACUCUUAGCACAGCGAAGGUGCGGGACGUCAAGUGCGACACUUGCUCUCGGAACGGCUGCACCACUCCAGGCAGGGUGCCACCAUGUCGCUCUCCAGGGUUAAGCACAUUGUGCUGAUCCUCUCGGGCAAAGGCGGGGUUGGCAAGUCCUCCGUCACAACCCAGCUGGCCCUCUCGCUCUCGCUUGCCGGCUUUUCCGUCGGUGUUCUCGACGUCGACCUGACGGGCCCAAAUAUUCCGCGCAUGUUCUCGGUCGAGCAGGCCAAGGUGACCCAGGCCCCCGGCGGCUGGCUACCCAUCACGGUGCACGAGGCCGAUGCUGCAAAGGGAGUUGGGGCGUUGCGCGUCAUGAGCCUGGGCUUCCUCUUGCAGAACCGCGGGGAUGCUGUAGUCUGGCGCGGCCCCAAGAAGACGGCCAUGGUGCGCCAGUUCCUGUCGGACGUUCUCUGGGGCGACACAGACUUCCUACUGGUCGACACGCCGCCCGGCACCAGCGAUGAGCACAUAUCGCUAGCCGAGACGCUACAGCAAAAGACGACGCCCGGCCAGCUGGCAGGCGCCGUGGUGGUGACAACACCGCAGGCCGUGGCUACGGCCGACGUGCGCAAGGAGCUCAACUUUUGCCGCAAGACGGCCAUCACCGUGCUCGGCGUGGUCGAGAAUAUGAGCGGCUUUGUAUGCCCGUGCUGCGGUGAGCGCACCAACAUCUUUAUGUCGGGUGGCGGUGAAGUUAUGGCUACCGACUUUGGCGUCCCGUUCCUGGGCAGGGUCCCCAUCGACCCGGUCUUUGUCGACCUGAUCGAGUCGGGACGGCGGCCUAAAUAUGAGGUGCCGAGCUCGGGCCAGUUGGUGGGUGGCCCCGGAGACGGCGGUGGCAGUCAGGACGGGACGCUGGGAGCGGCCAGCCAGGCUGCAACACCGAAGGCGGUCCAUGCGGUCCAGGCCGAGGCCACCUCAGCCGAUAUUAGGGACCACGGGACCCUUGUGGACAAGUACCCAGACUGCUCCCUCGCACCCACCUUCAAACGCAUUACGGCGGAUGUGGUCGCGGCGGUCCGGUCUGAUGGGCGGUGACCUAGCUGGGCAGGUGCUGGCUGUAGGUACCUUGUGGAGCUACAGGGACCCCCGCGUGGACUGGCUAUUGCUGCUGCCCUAUCUCAAGAUUGGGCGCGAAAUAAAAUGCGUUAUUAUCUGGA